UCCCUUACCCUUUCCCUCUCCUUUUCCAAAUAUUCACCCUCAUUAGUUGAUUGACGCUUUAAUUAAAAUUUUAACACUUUCUCUUUCUCACUCCUUUCUCAUAAGCCGCUUCAUCUUCCACCCCUCUCUCUCUGCAAAUUUAGCUUGUAAAUACACUCAAUUAAUUUCCAAUUACAAUUCCCGAUUUCAUAGAAAUCUGGGUGAUUUCUCCUUCCUUUUCUCUCUCUCUCCAAUCUCUAGAUUGCUGAGAGGUCGAGAUUUUAAUGGCGACGAAAAGGGGAUUAUUGAGUACCAACACCCCCAGAAGUAGAACCAAUGCAUCAUCAUCAUCAUCAUCAUCAUCAUGCUUUUCUACUUCCUCCAUUGUUCCUUUCUUCCUUCUUCUCCUUAUUUUCCCUCUCUUUUUCUUUGUCGGUCGCGGCCUCCAUUUUUCCCCUGGGUCCAGAAAUUCAUUAGAUGCUGUUAAACAGGAUGCAGAUUGGAGAGAAAGGCUCAUAUUGCAACAUUUGAAGCCAUUCUUCUCAAAAGAGGACAUCGAUGUCAUCUCCGCAAAUGUGAAGGAUUUGGGGCCACUGAGUCUUGAUUUUUUUAAAAGAAACGGUUCUGCAUCAUGGAAGGUUGUUGGCCAGGAGAAUUCUGGUGAUACUUCUUUAGAGGCAAAGCGCAUAGGGACACAUACGAAACAAGAUAAAUUGAAGGGCAAACCAGAUUCUUCAUCAGAUAAUCACCCUGAUGUAGUGGACUCACCAGCUGUACUGAUGCGAAGGCGGUUAAGAGAGAAAAGACGUGAGAAACGUGCUGCUGAUCUGGUGAAGCAGGAUGAUGAAACUAUUUUGAAACUCGAAAAUGCUGCAAUUCAGCGCUCUAAAUCAGUUGACUCUGCAGUUUUGGGGAAAUAUAAUAUCUGGAGGAGAGACAAUGACAAUGAAAAUGCCGAUUCUACUGUGCGUUUAAUGCGAGAUCAAAUUAUUAUGGCCAGAGUGUAUAUUGGCAUUGCUAAGUUGAAGAAUAAGAUGGAAUUGUCUCGUGAACUUCAGAAUAGGCUUAAAGAGAGCCAGCGUGCCCUAGGAGAGGCAACUAAUGAUGCUGAUCUUUCUCGCAGUGCUCCUGAGAAGAUUAAAGCUAUGGGUCAAGUUCUUUCAAAAGCUAAAGAACAACUGUAUGAUUGCAAGCUGGUGACAGGAAAGCUGAGAGCCAUGCUACAAUCUGCCGAGGAACAAGUGAGAAGCUUGAAAAAACAGAGCACUUUUCUGAGCCAGUUGGCAGCCAAGACUGUUCCUAAUGGAAUUCAUUGUCUAGCUAUGCGCUUAACUAUUGAUUACUAUCUUCUUCCUUUAGAGAAGAGAAAGUUCCCUCAUAGUGAAAAUUUGGAAAAUCCUAAGCUUUAUCACUAUGCACUUUUUUCUGACAAUGUCCUUGCUGCCUCUGUGGUCGUGAACUCCACUAUCAUGAAUGCUAAGGAGCCAGAGAAACAUGUUUUUCAUCUUGUUACUGAUAAGCUCAAUUUUGGUGCAAUGAAUAUGUGGUUCCUUUUGAACCAUCCUGGAAAAGCCACUAUCCACGUUGAAAAUGUUGAUGAAUUUAAGUGGCUGAACUCGUCAUAUUGUCCAGUAUUGCGUCAGCUUGAGUCUGCUUCCAUGAAGGAAUAUUAUUUCAAGGCAGAUCAUCCAACUACAAUUUCAUCUGGGGCAUCCAAUUUGAAGUAUAGAAACCCAAAGUAUCUAUCUAUGCUUAACCAUCUAAGGUUCUAUCUUCCCCAGAUCUAUCCAAAACUAGAUAAGAUUCUGUUUCUAGAUGAUGACAUUGUUGUUCAAAAGGAUUUGAGUCCGUUGUGGUCAGUGGACCUUCAUGGGAAAGUUAAUGGUGCUGUGGAAACUUGCGGAGAGAGCUUUCACCGAUUUGAUAAAUAUUUGAACUUUUCUAAUCCACAUAUAUCCAGAAACUUUGACCCUAGUGCAUGUGGAUGGGCAUAUGGCAUGAAUCUUUUUGAUCUCAAGGAGUGGAAAAAGAAGGAUAUCACCGGCAUAUAUCACAAGUGGCAGAAUAUGAAUGAAGGUAGAACACUCUGGAAGUUGGGUACGUUGCCUCCUGGACUUAUUACAUUUUAUGGGCUGACUCAUCCACUUGAGAAGUCUUGGCAUGUGCUUGGUUUGGGGUACAAUCCUAGUAUUGACAGGUCUGAGAUUGAAAAAGCAGCAGUUGUGCAUUACAAUGGUAAUAUGAAGCCAUGGUUGGAGAUUGCGAUGACAAAGUAUCGAUCAUACUGGACAAAGUACAUCAAGUAUGAUCAUCCCUAUCUCCGAAGAUGCAACUUGAGUGAAUGAAAUCACAUUGAGAUGGAAUAGCGAUAGUAAGUCAAUGUGCUUGUCCCGUGCUCUCCUUCACCUUGAAUGGAGUUUUGUUUUUUUUUUUUGUUUUUUUUUUUUUUUUUUUUUUUUGUGGAAUCUAAUUUGAAGGGCUUGGUGAGGCUGAGGUUACUGGCACAAGAAGGGGCAUGCUUCAGUUUUAAUGAGCUGCAUAUCCUUCUCCGUUUCCCACAUUGUUUAUUCUUUUAUCUAAUUCAGUCUAAUCUGUACCCCAUUGUUCUUUAUUCUCUGUGGAAAAAAUUUGAGAGGUCUAUUGUAUCAUUAACCUGGUAAGCAAACUUUCAUGUAACGAUUUUAGUUGGUCUAAGAUUUAGGACCAGAACAGGAUUAUGCUGUAUUCUUUGAACAUUGCACAACAGAUCUGUAGAUCUUAUAAUCUGUAACACCUGUAUUUUUUUUCGUUUACUUCGUAAUUUAUUGAGAAGUUGCCUUCAA